AAUGUCACAGCAUACAAAAUAAAUACAAAAUGUAUAAAUUAAAUAAAAGUGGACAAAAACUUACAGUUCUUGAGUUUCAUAUUAUCUAAACUACAUUGUUAUACGGAAUCACGUAAAUCAUUUACAUUUACUAUAAAAACUUGCAACGGCAUUUAUAAGGUGAAAUGCAUGUUACCAAUGAAAAGAUAUUACCACAUGCGAAGUCACAUACUAGUAUUUAUGAGUUAUUUGGAUCUACUCUCGUCAAUAAUACACUGUAUAAGAAUGCCAAAAGAGGCAAUGUUUCGAUAUUUCAAACAACUUGUGACAAUACAUCCACCAAGUACACAAGUGAACGUUCGGAAAUGUUAAAUCAGACAUCUUACACUACGUGUGAGAAAUAUCACGUUUUAAACAAAGAUUCCAGUCAUAAGUCUAUCAUCCAUUCAACAAGUACUUUAUUUUAUAACUUAGACGAUAUUACAAAAAGGCACUCAUUUCAUUAUAUUUCCGAAUUCAGUUCAUCUAAUGCCAAUGUACGAAAGGUUAUGAAUAUAUCAUUAAACCCUAAUGGAUUCAAAGGAAAAGCCAAUGCUAUAGUUCAAGAAUGUGGGACACAACUACAGCCCAAUAUUAUACAUAAAGAUAGUAUAGAAAUAAAUUCAAAGAAAAUUAAAAAAUAUUUUCCUAAUGAUGCCGAUAUUUCCUCAGAAAUUUUUUUAAGAGAUGACUAUGCAGACACUAAUAAAAAUAGUCAUUACAACAACAAAGAACUCAGUGAUAGACAACAAAAAUUUUGGUCAUAUGCAAAGUAUCGCACAGAAUAUACCAAUCCUCUUUCAGAAAAGAAAAAACAUAAGAAAAAAGAUCGCGGUAAACGUACUGAAGAUCCAUGUCCUUGUCAAUUAUUUUCAUAUGCUUGUCCGUGUUCAGAUAAAAAGUCCUUAACUGAAUUAGCACAAAACAGUGAAUCAUUUAUGGUAGCUCAUCAAAGCACUAGUACAUCAAAAAUUAUUUCUGAAAAUUUAAAAAAUAUAAAAGCUACCAACGUGAAUAAUAAUAAAAACGAAUCAAUAAAGGAAAAUAAACCUACGAGUGCCAGAGAAUUUAAGAAUUUUGAUAUUGCUACAACUAGCAACCCUGUCGUUAAAGAUUCCGACCAAAAUGACAGUUUAAAACUGAUGAAUAAUAUGCAAAAUAUUGAAGGUGGAAGCAUUAUUAGUAAGUCUAAUAAAAGACGCAAGAAAAUAGUAUGUCCUAAUUGCAGGGAAAAAGUAGAAAUUAUGAGUACUACAGAAGAAGAAGACAGCUUAAAAUGUAAUAAUUUAUCAUCAUAUAAAAUUAGGAAUAUACUAUCAAAAUCAUAUGCUUACAGAUCUUCACCAAUACGGAAUAGACCAGUAAAUGACGAUGGUACUUGCGAACACGAACCACGUUGUGAGUUAAUUCCAAUUUGUCAAAUAUUACCUACAGACAAUAUCUAUGUAAAUCCUAAUAUAAAAAAAAUGAGUCCAAAGUCUACACCACGUAUAAUAAGAAUAACUAAAGCAUGUAGACAUCAUCCACCCUGUACUGUUGCGCCUUCAUGUCAGAGAGCAAAUAUAUUAAAGAACAAUUGUGAAUUUAUACCUCCAUGUUUACAUCAACCUCGUUGCGUCAAUUUACCUUUAUGCGUCCCAAUAUGUAAAAAUUUAUUUUAUGACGAAACUACAAGGAAAGUUGAUAAUAUAGAAAAUAAUGACUGCCCUCAUAUUCCAAGAUGCAAGUACAUUCCUGAAUGCCAGAGAGAUAUUAAUAGUGUUCGUAAUAUGGAUAAUUCUAUUAAUAUGGUUUCUCAAGUGCAGAAUGCAUGUGAGUUUUUAAAUGGUUUUCAAUCGCCACCGUACAGCACACAUACCAAGUCACCUUGUCUAGCAAAUUCUUUUUCUCCCUGUCAGAUUCCAUCUCUGACUCGAUGUAAUUGCUACAAAUCAAAUAAAUCAUGUCAGUAUCAUUGUUUGGACUGUAAAUGUAAUAUAACUAAUUUACCUAAAGAACAUGAGAGCAGUGAAGCCGUUAUAUUUAUUAGAGAUGUUGGCUGUCAAUUCCGAAACAAAAAUUAUUCACACACGAAUUCUGUACUCCAAUCAACACAUUCAAGUACAUCAUUUGAUUUAGCAAACGUUAGAAAAGGAGAUUAUUAUACAAAUGUUCACACCUUAAUAUACGAAGAUAAGUUCACGAAUCCCAUUUCAUGUAACAAGGGUUCAGAAUCAACGCUGUCGAUUUCUAAUUUGGGGAUUGAUAGUCAGUGUCCAACAAGCAAGGCAAUUGUUGCUCGUAACUCUCGCGACCGAAAUGGAUUUAAUCCAAAACCUACUACAUCCCCGUAUAUUGCUGCAUUCACAACAUACACAGGAAUGUUUCCUUCCGAAAUAUCUGUACAUAAUAAUAAAGCUGUAGAUAAAUCCGUACAUCCAAAAUGUCAAUUUAACAAUAAUAUAUUUACAGUGAAAUCCCACAGGAGUUUCUUUAGAGGAAAAUAUAAAAAGAUGUUAACUGUGAAACGAAGAAGAAAAUCUCGAGUAAGCAGCCAUUAUUUUACAGGGUUAUCAAGAAAGUGUUUGCACUACUGAAAUUACGCUUAAAUUAAAAAUAUAAAUUUGAAGAUAAAUUCGUACAGAAUGUAUUAUAUUGUUAUUUGUU